GCGAGAUCUACACGCUCGCGAAGUUUUAGCUCUGGCACGUGUGCAGUUCUUUUUUUUUUUUUUUCUAAGUGUGGCUCUCAGCUGCCGAGGCGGAUGAUGAUGAUGAUGAUGGCGGAGCUGAUCCAGGGACAGGCCUCGGUGGCUCAGUCAGGCACGAAAGAUGACUUCGCAGACACGAUACGCCGGGUCCGACAGAUGGCAGCCAAGAUGGGAGGAGACCAGAUGCCCAACAUGAACAGUUCGUGUCCAGUCAUAGACCCCUCCCUCUAUGGCUUCGGGGGCCAAAAACGUUCUCUAGACAAUGGAGUAGGAAACCAUCUUGGUGCGUUGGUACAUCAAAGGGCUUUUGCAACAGAAGACUUUAAAGUGCCUGAUAAGAUGGUUGGAUUCAUUAUUGGAAAAGGAGGAGAGCAGAUUUCAAGAAUACAGCAGGAAUCAGGUUGCAAGAUCCAGAUUGCCUCAGACAGUGGUGGCAUGUUGGACAGACCCUGCACUCUGACCGGUAGCCCGGAGAACAUCGAGCAGGCAAAGCGGCUGCUGAGUGAGAUUGUGGAGCAGUGUCGGUAUGGUCCCGGCUUCCACAAUGACAUGGAUGGAAACAGCUCCAUUCAGCAGAUCCUUAUCCCGGCCAACAAAGUCGGCCUGGUCAUCGGCAAGGGAGGAGAGACCAUCAAACAACUGCAGGAGAGAACAGGAGUCCAGAUGAUAAUGAUUCAAGAUGACCCCAUGCCCACUGGAGCGGACAAGCCCCUCAGAAUCACUGGGGAUCCCCACAAAGUGCAGCAAGCACGCGAACUUGUGGUGAAGCUCAUUCGAGACAAAGACCAAGGAGACUUCAGGGCAGGCAGGCUGGACUUUGGGUCCAAAAUGGGUGGAAGCAGUCUGGAUGUGGUUGUGCCCAGAUUUGCUGUUGGCAUCAUCAUUGGCAGAAACGGAGAAAUGAUCAAGAAGAUUCAGAAUGAUGCUGGUGUUAGGAUUCAGUUCAAACAAGAUGACGGAGUCAGUCCUGACCGCGUUGCUCAGGUGAUGGGCCAGCCCGACCACUGCCAUCAUGCUGCCCACCUCAUCAACGAGUUGGUCCAGACCGCUCAGGAGCGGGACGGAUUUGGGAUAAUGGGCCGCCGAGGGCGCAGCGACUGUAACAUGGGAGGAGCUGGAGGCCUGCAGGAGGUGACAUAUGCCGUACCUGCUGAUAAGUGUGGGCUGGUGAUUGGCAAAGGUGGAGAAACCAUCAAAAACAUCAAAGAGCAGUCUCGUGCCCAUGUGGAGCUGCAGAGAAACCCGCCGCCCAACACUGACCCCAAUGUCCGCAUCUUCUCCAUCCGAGGCACCGCUCAGCAGUUGGAAAAAGCCCGUCAGCUGAUCGAUGAGAGAAUUGGGGGCCCGGGGAUCGGCAGCAACAGCAACUUUGGGAUGAGUCCUUACAACCAAGGCCCAACUACUCCUCCUCAACAUGGACCUCAGAUGUUCAUGUCUGGAGGAUGGGGCACAACAUUUCAGAUAUGGCAGCCUCAGGGCCAGCAGGACCACAGUCACAAUGGAUCCCAGACGGGCCAGAUGGACUGGGAGCAGUAUUAUAAAAAGCUAGGUCAGCAAAAUCAACCACAGAGCACCGCUCCAGAAUAUAACAAAACCUGGGGCCAGACAACAGGUCCUGGAUCUCAGCAGACUUCUAAUCCCGAGUACAACGCCUGGGUUGACUUCUACAGACAGCCAAUGGCCUUCUUCAACCAGGGCGCUCAGCAGACACCAGCCCCAGGCCUUCAGGAUCACUAGAGAAGACGCCCAUGUUGGACUUGAAUCGGUGAACGGAUGAAAACAACCCCCAAGCCCUUUUUUUGGUUUUUGGUUUUUUUUUAACAGAGGGGGUUAUAGAUUUACAACGCCUUGAAGAUUUUUUUUUUUUUUUUUUUUUCUUAGCGA